CUCGGGUAAAAUCAAUGUAAUAAGUAAUCCAAUAAAAGUUAAACAUACAAAAAGGUUAAAAAAUUAAUAAACUAACGGUCGGGUUUAGCCUUUGCUAAUCAUCUUCCUUGAUAAGUUUGACACUCUUCUUCACUGAACCAAUUCCGCAGAAAAAGAAAGAAAGAAAAAAUGAGGGAGAGAGGUGGCAAAGAUGAAGUGGAGGUGAGAGACGGAAAGCAAAGAUAGUCACGAGAAUCAAUGGUCAGUCUUAAAAAAGAAGAAGAAAAAGUAAAUGGUGGCGUUCGAAAUUGAAUCCCCAAAAACCUUAACUUUUAGGUGAAAGAGCUAUGAACGGCGACGGAGUUUGGCUCGACGGCGCCGGAGAACGCUCUCAGGCUGCGAACGACGGCGGCGUUAACGAUGAGUCUGCGACGUGGGUCAGAAACCCAGAAGAAAACUGGUUCAAUAACCCACAAACACCAAAUCCACACGAUUCUCAAAUCCUCCACAGCAACCAGAAUGACUUCAGAUUCAAUGGUGGGUUUCCCUUGAAUCCUUCGGAGAAUCUGCUUCUCUUUCUUCAGCAGUCGAUCGAUUCGUCUUCCCCGUUUCACCCUUUCACACUCGACGCUGCUUCACAUCAUCAUCAUCAACAACAGUCUAUCUUAGCUACAAAAGCUUGCAUAGCUUCUCUCCUCAGCGUCCCCACGAGCAACAACAACAACCUUUUUGAUGAAUUCGGCUUCGACUCUGGUUUCCUGGGACAAAUCCACCAGACUCCAAACUCGAUGAAUUUCGCUGGAUCGAGCCAAGGAAUGAGUUCACCGCCGGAUUUUCUCUCCUCCCGGCCAAAUCCGCCGCUGGAAAACAACUCCGGAGGAGGCAAUGGAUUUAGUCCUCUGGAAUUCGAGGGAAUCGCGAGUGGAGUUUUCGAGAACAGAGCAAAGGUUCUGAAACCAUUAGAGGUGUUGGCUUCAUCUGGCUCGCAGCCGACACUGUUCCAGAAACGAGCUGCAAUGCGUCAGAGUUCGAGCAGCAAAAUGUGCAACUCAGAGUCUUCUUCUGAGAUGAGGAGAUCGAGCUACGAGAGAGAGAUUGACGAGACUAGUACUGGAAUCAUCGACAUCUCUGGGUUGAAUUACGAAUCUGAUGAGCACAACAAAGGCAAGAAGAAAGGAAUGCCUGCUAAGAACCUGAUGGCUGAGAGAAGAAGAAGGAAGAAGCUUAAUGAUAGGCUUUACAUGCUUAGAUCAGUUGUUCCCAAAAUCAGCAAAAUGGAUAGAGCAUCGAUACUUGGUGAUGCCAUUGACUAUCUUAAAGAGCUCUUACAGAGAAUCAAUGAUCUUCAUACCGAACUCGAAUCUACUCCACCGACUUCUUCGGGCUUGAACCCGUUAACACCGACCCCACAGACGCUAUCUUACCGUGUUAAGGAAGAGUUGUGUCCAUCUUCCUCAUUGCCAAGUCCCAAAGGCCAGCAAGCAAGAGUUGAGGUUAGAUCAAGGGAAGGAAAAGCAGUGAACAUUCACAUGUUCUGUGGACGUAGACCAGGUCUUUUACUUUCCACCAUGAGAGCUUUGGACAACUUAGGACUGGAUGUUCAACAAGCCGUGAUCAGCUGUUUCAACGGUUUUGCUUUGGAUGUUUUCCGCGCUGAGCAAUGCCAAGAAGGGCACGACGUGAUGCCUGAAGAAAUCAAAGCAGUGCUUUUAGACACAGCUGGUUACGCGGGUUUGAUUUGAAGGAAGCAUCUGUGUGAAACAGAGCUUAUAUCUAAGCCUCGUCAGCAAUCUCCUUGCUUAGUUAGUUUUAUCGGUUUAAGUCAUGUAUUCCAGAUGAUAAAUGUGUUUAAUUUUAGCUUUUGAGUAACAUGUGUUUGGGUGCUUAACUUCAACCCUUUAAUGUCUUCAUUGUUUGUUUAAACUGUGUUCAAGAAUUGCAUAAACAAGCAAAGAUGAACUCCUCACAAACCAAUGCUCUGUUUCUUAGAUUGUGAACAUACUGUUAACGUGUUUAGACCAACUUAUAUUAUUAUUAACUCA